AUGCAGGCACCCUUAGCUUCAGAGAAUUUUUUAGCAUUGUGUGCUUCGGAUUAUUAUAAAGGCUGCAUAUUUCAUCGUAAUAUCAAAGGGUUUAUAGUGCAAACUGGGGAUCCUACUGGAACUGGCAAAAAUGGACAGAGUAUUUGGAAAAAACGAUUCAAAGAUGAAUUUCAUGACUCAUUAAGGCAUAAUGCUCGAGGAAUCAUGUCAAUGGCUAAUAAUGGUCCCGAUUCUAAUGGUUCCCAGUUUUUCAUCACCUACAGUAAACAAACCAUGUUAGAUAUGAAAUAUUCGAUUUUCGGAAAAGUAAUUGAUGGGUGGGAUGUUUUGGAUGAAUUAGAGCGUUCCCCUGUUGAAGAAAAAACUUAUAAACCUUUAACAGAUAUUCAUAUACAAAAUAUAACAAUCCAUGCUAAUCCAUUUGCAGAAUAA